AUGUCAGUUAAAGAAUCGGGAAUUAAAUGGAUGGCAUCUAUUUGGAUUCAUAGUAGUAUUCCUAAUUGUUUGCUUUGGUCAUUACAUAAAUCAGGCAUUCUUCAAAUUACAAUUGGCCCAAACUUUGCGAGUGGGAGAUUAAAGAGAUUUCUUCAAACUAGUUGUCAUAUUUAUCAAAUCUGUCUGGGCACUUUCUUCCCAAUAUUAGCACGUGAAUAUCCAGACAAACAUAUAGACUUUCAUUUCCAUUCAAUGAUUCCUCCAAUUUUAAAAUUUAUUUCUUCAACAGAACAUAAUGAAAAUAAUAUUUUAUUGGAAGCUGAAUUUUUUGUUGAUUUACUUAUUUCGCCUUGGCAAGAUAAUAAAAAUGUUUUAGCUAGGCUGGCAGCAAAUUCAACAGCAAUUAUUGAACCAUUUUUUGAAAAUACACGAUUAAAAGGGAAUUUAAUUAAUUUACAAGUUAAAUUUUCUGAAGUAAACAGUACAAUUGGAAACUUUUCUGAACAAUUUCUUCACAAAUUUUCACUUGUUUGUAUCCCAAUACUUGAAGUUAUUUUCAAAUCUUCUUUUAAUAUUGGAAUUCCUUUACCAAGCAUUGAAGAUAUUAAACUUGCUAAUGGAAGUCAAUUAACUAUAUUACCUAAAGACGAACAAAUUAGAAUUGAUGCUAAUUUGGAAUAUACUUUAAAUAAUUGGGUUUUAAUAAAUGGAAGAAAUAUUUAA